UUUGUCGAUCCGUUUGUUAGGAACAAAGAACAGAAUCCUGAUCUUAGUGCCAUCGCACUGUGGGACGUGACGGGGCACGCGGCCACGGUGGCGCAGCUGGUCGGGGCGGACGUCGGCGGCCUCAUCUCCAUGAUCAUGCAGGCUGCGAUGACGGCUCAACAGAACAAGAAGGAGUGCGAGCAGCUCGCCCGCCGCGUCUUCACGAUCGCCGAGCUGCUGCAGCACCUGCAGGAUCCGGAGGUGCUUCGGCGGCCUGAGAUCCGGCGGCCGCUGACCGGGCUCGACGACACGCUCCGGGAGGCGCACGAGCUUGUGUUGUCGUGCCAGGACAAGAGCGCCGUGUACAGGUUGGUGAUGGCAGGGCGGCAGGCUGAGAGGUUCAGAGAUGUUCAGAGCAGGAUCGACUCGUACCUCCUCGUCUUCCCAUUCAUCAGCCACAUAGACAUCACUCGUCGUCUCGAUCGUAUCUACAACAUCCUGCUUCCAACCAACACGCCCGGACCAUCUACGCCUGCUUUCCCCGUGCCCCCAAAUCCAGUCCCUGCCGCUCAGGUAUACAUUGAAAUGGGAAGACUCAAGCAUUCAAUUGUUUGUACUUGUACUACUACCAACUGCAACUCUUUUGAUUUGGUAUUCAGUUCCUCUUUUCUUUCCGAUGUGUAUUCAUCGAUAUACACAGUGUUUGCCGAAAUUUUUGACCGGAGCUCAUGUCUAUCGGGACCCACCGAAACGGCCGAAAUUUCCAACCCUGCUUUUAAGAAGCUCGCAACGGCGACGAACAACUUUUCUCCUGACAGAGAGAUUGGUCUAGGGGGCUACUCCACGGUGUACGUGGGUAGGCUUCCCGACGGACGCGAGGUGGCCAUCAAACGCAUGCUCCGUACUAUUUACUUUUGCAUAGGGAAAAUAGACCUCAUAAGAGAGCUCAGCAUCCUCCGUUCCUUUAGUCACGAGCACAUCGUCCGCGUCUUUGGCAGCUGUGUGAAGGAGAAGCGCCAGCUCCUGCCACCGUUUCGGAAAAAGCUGGAAGAGAUCCUACUCGUCCUUGAGUAUAUGGAGAACGGCUCCCUUAACAGCCACCUGCACGGCCCACGGUCGUCGUCGCCAGUGAUAACAUCCUGGAAGAUGCACAUCGAGAUACUGCUAGGUGUGUCGAGGGCCAUUGAGUACUUGCAGUCCUACGCUGAGCGGCCGGUGAUCCACCGUGACAUCAAGACGUCCAAUAUCCUGCUCGACAUAAGCUGGGCACCGCACUUAACGGACUUCGAGCUGGCACUCACAUGGGAAGGCCCGGACCAUGUGGUUGAUCUUCUCGUACAAGGCACCUUGGGAUACUUGGCCCCGGAGUGCAUUAUAGAUGGCACUCUGAACCCGACAGUCGAUGUCUACAGUUUGGGUGUUGUGAUGCUGGAGGUAUUGACGGGGAAGAAACCAUAUUUCUCUGAAGAAUGGAAGGAGAAGAAGACAGAAGAAUGUGUGGAAGAGGAGAAGAGGGAAGAAUGUGAUCAGCAAGAGAGGAAGAACACAGAAGAGGACAAGGAGGAGAGUGAAGAAGAUGGGAAAACAACAAAACAAAGGUGGUAUGAGUGGCUAGAGCAGGACGGGAUUGGUCACCAAAGCUUGGUGUCCUUGGCGCUGAUACUGAUCGAGGCGGGGGAGCUGUGGAAGUUUCUGGACAGGCGGCCGGCACCGGAGCCAACGCCGAGGCAGCUGGAGGCGGCGGAACUGGUGGCGCAGAUAGCAGCUCGCUGCCUGCAGCUGCAGUGGGAGGAGCGGCCAGCCAUUUCGGAAGUCGUGGCCAACCUCGAGAAGGCGCUCGAACUCGCCCGUUGCGACGGGUAGCAUAGCCUGGGCUCCCAAGACAUCUUAUGUGAACUGGGCAAUGUAUUUCUCAUCAUGUAAUAUUUAAGGCUGUUGCUUCUGUUAUCUUCUGCGCGCAUACACAAUUUGGUGUGAUCAUAUAUGAUCAAUGAACAAAACCUUAUCUUUUUUUGCUGAUUUUUAAUGUCCACUUGUGCAGCUGUGCUGAACCAACAACCCCCGGAUCCCUUUGCUCUCAGCUUGUGCUCUGAAUUCAAUUAUUAAGCUAGGUGCCUCCCAA